UUUUCCAAUUUUUAAAAUUAGGAAAUCAAAGGAAACAACAUGUUUGGAAGGAGAUAUGCUGAAGUGGUUAGAUGUGCCCCACUGGAUGAGAAUGGAGAGGACAAUGUCUAUUUCUGCAAAGGGCUGAUUGAUCACAAGACAAAGUAUUAUUUUCCGUUUGCUGGCUUGUGGAGUGGGAUAAUGCUUGGUGACCUUGGACGACAUGGUACUGCACAACCAUAUGGUGACUUUUCAAAGAAGUAUUGCAUUCUGGGAAAACUGAAGAGACAAAACAUAACAGAGGACAACAAAACACAAGGAAUCAUGGAGAAAAGCCAAUGGGAUUUGAAACAUAUUCGUUUCAGAUCAACCAGGCUUAGUAGACUUGAUGACUUUGUGGUGCAAUAUCAAAAGUCCCACAGUGCUCUGCUAAAGGAAUAUGAAGACGCCAAAAGAGAUGUUCAUCGAAAGAGAUUCAGAGUUACCAUGGAAAAAUGGAAGGAACGGAAGCAGAAGAAGAAAGGGAGAUACGUUACCGCGAUGAAGAAGGCGUUUCCUUUCAAGACAUCUACCAAAAAGUACAUAAAUGCCGUCAACAAAACAGUGUUCCUGGUGGAUCCAGCUGCAAGAUCUCCUGAAGUGUCUGAUUCAAAACUUGCUGCCCAGAAGUGGAGGUAA